AGAUAAAUUAUUAAAUAAUGGGAUUUAAGGAAGCAUUCACGAGACAAGGCGAUGGAGAGAAUCUCCUCUUCGAUGAUGAUGCAUUCAUCUAUUUCGCCAUUUCCAUUCUUACUUUGGUUGUUCUUCCUCUGGUCUACUCCGUUAUCAAGCCGCUCUUCACAACAUACGUGUUGGGAGAAAAUAAAAGAAAAUUAGCACGUGUUCCCAAAAGCGGCAAUGAUCAACUCAAUCUACAAUUGGCUAAAUAGGAAUUGAGAUUGAAAUGGCUUACAACAGGUUAUGUGUUUAAGGUAAAAAGCUGAUUCUUAUCUUAGAUCAUAAUACUUGUGGCUCUAUUGCUAAUGCUUAAUGCAUCCAUAUAAUCUUUGCCAAAUGCAGAAAAAAUCAAAGGGUUUGAUCCUUAUGAGAUUUUAGAAAUUGAUCCAAGUGCAACAGAAUAGGAAAUUCGUAAAGCAUAUAGAAAAAUAUCAUUAAAAUUGCAUCCAGAUAAAAAUCCUGAUGAUCCAUAAGCAAAUCAAAAAUUUAUCCUCCUUACAAAAGCAUAUGAAUGUUUAACAGAUGAAGACAAAAAAUCCUUAUGUAUGAAAUAUGGGAAUCCAGAUGGACAAUAAAGUUUAUCUGUUGGUAUAGCAAUGCCAUCAUUUCUAUUAAAAAAAGAAAAUAGAGCUGCCUUUUUAGCUGUAAUUUUCCUUUUGCUUUUGGUUGUUGUACCAAUAAUUGUUUUGUACGAGUUGAGAUCGAUAGGAAAAUAUGAUUAAAAUGGAGUCAUGCUUAGCAAUCAGGAGAAAUUCGAAAGAGGAUUGGAAGAGAACUUAUUAAUAAAAAAAGGAGUAGAAUUAUCUAGUUGCAGUGAUGAAUUAUGUAGAUUACGAUUGAAAACUGAAUAAUAAGCUAUUGACUUAGAAAAACUAGUUAAUGAAUUGAAAGAAGAAGCUGAAUUAAGAAAAAUCUAAAAAUUUGAAAUAACAGAGGCGCUUGAAUAGUCAAAAAAAUAGAAGAAUAAAAAAAGAAGAGUGACCAUCUCUGUUGCCAUGAUUUUAAUCUAUGCCCAUUUAUUUGGUAAACCCAUUCCUGAGAGUGUUAAAUCAUUAUAUAGAUCCACGAUUAAGAUAAUUCCAAAAUUAGUCAACUCAAUGGUAAGAUUGGCAUUUGAAUUCUCUAUGAAAUACAAAGUAAUUCAAUGGAGACAAAGGGGAAGGUUUUAAACUAAAUUUAUGGGUGCAAGAUGCAUUAAUAACAUAUUAUAAUUCUCUCAAUGCAUAGUUUAAGGUAUAUAUGAAACAGAUAACCCAAUUAAUUAAAUUGAAUUCUUUGCUACAAAAGCCAAAGAUUAUAUUAAAAAGGGGAAGAUGCCAGUGUUUCAAGAAUUAGUUCAAAAAUAAGUGGAUUAGAGAGUGGUAAGCAAUUUAAAUGAUGAAUUAGUUGCCAAAUUGGGUGCCAGAGGAAUUCAAAGACGAAAUUAUGAAGGAAAUCAAUAUGUUCCCAUAUUUGGAUGUCAAACAUGAAGUGACAGUUGAUGAUGAAUCUAUUGUGGAAUAAUGUAAUGAAGAUAUCUUUAGUGUAAUCAUUAUUUAAAAUGUAGAUUAAAAUAACUUUAACAAGAAUGAACACUCCUGAAGGAUAAGACAUUCCAUUUGCUCAUUCCAAUAGAUUUACUUAUGUAAAGGAGGAGGGAUGGCAUAUUUUAAUAACAUUUUAAAAUGAAGUGUUUUAUUAUGCUUUUUUGAAUGGUUCGAAUAGAGAGCAAACAACAGAAUUCAAAUUCUAACCAAAGAUGUAUUUUGGAGAUAUCGUUGAAUUUGAAUUCGUUUUAUUCGUCAUAUCUGAUUGUUACAGAGGAUUGGAUUCUGAAAUACCAAUUAAAUUUAAAGCCAAAAAAGCAAGUUAAAUAAGCAGAGUAAGCAUUUCGUAUAUUUUAGGCCGUUGAGUACCAUAAGGAAGAUUAAGAAUUGGAUAAGUCACUUCCAUUUAUUCAAUCAAUGUUAUUCCCCAUGUAAAAUAAAGUCGAGGAUAGUGAUUCAGAAGAUGAAGAUCAAUAAAAGAAAGAUGAUGAAUGAGAUUGAGUAUUAGAAUAUUACCC